AUCACCAACAAUAAAAUCGGAACGAACGAACCGGCUGUCACUUAGUCAUGUUUUGAGAAAGGUGGUCUAAUUCUCUGAUUUCUUUUUUAAAAAGUGAAAAGCCUGUGUUAAAAAAUUUCAUAUUUUUAUUUCGCUUCUUGCUAUCGUAAGAAAAGAAUCGCAUGGAUUUCAAAUACAAGAAAACUUUCCUUCAAUCUGGUCUGUUCAUUACCUGGUAAAGGACUUACCUGCAAGUUGUUUGGAUAUUAACACAGAUGAUAGGACUUGUGAAAGAAUAGAGCAACUGUGGCUUAUUUUCUUGCAUUUCAAACACUAUUGUUAACGACAGCAUUAUCUUGAGAAGGGAGACCAGCAAUAGACGGCAAUUUUCAUUAUUUAAGGACACAAUAUCAGACUUGUAACAACCACAAACCGAGUGAGGCAUUAAAUGCCAUCAAUAUUUACUCUAGGUGUGGAAGCAUUAUCUUUGUCGACUUCUUAAAUAUUUCAGGAAUUAAUUUUCAUUUGCUUUUUAACGAUGGAGCAGCGACCAAUGAUCUAUAAGAGGUUGUCACUCCAAGAAAUGGCUCUCAGAACAGCACUUGUCGACAUCUGGAACAAAACAGUCGAUUUACUUUCGGAUGAGAAUUUCCGCUGUCGAUUAUAUUAUGCCCCUUGCAAAAAAGUCAAUACAAAUGUUGAAAAUAAAAUAAAUGAAAUAAUUGAAGGUAUGGUUAAAGACAAUGUGCUUAAACUGAUGAUACCUGCUCCACUGAAAAAAAGAAUGAUGCUUUUAGUGAGACCUAUAGGCACAGAAUUAUUAAAUUGGCAAAAAUUCCACAAGGGGAUUUUAAAACAUUCUUGUAAUACUUUCUAUAUACCUCUCUUACAUCAUUUGUGCUGGCAAUCUGCUGGCUUGAUAGCUUAUGGGGAUACAGCGGAGAGACUCGUACAUCUUGAAUCGCUUGAUGUUGAGAAACGCUAUCAGUUCGCUUGCACAUAUUGCCUGGUAGAUUACAUUCCAAAUCUUUGGGAAAAACUCUCAGAAGAGACCAGGGAGCGUUUCUAUGGACAAUUGAGCGUUUCACCAUGGAGACAGGUCCAACUUGAGUCUUACUGGGCUUAUGUCCUUAAGGGCGAAGAAUCUAAACUAGAUUCUAUAGUUUCAAGACGGUUUGAGGAAGGAUUCUCAUUUAAUCGGUAUGCUUUCGAAGGUGUAGCCCGCAAAGGCAAUAGAACAGCAGCUGAGUAUUUCUUUCAGAAACUUACUGAUGAAGAAAAGCGUAAUUCUGUACGUGAUACAACUAAGUUUAUCUUGAAAAUCGGACGUCCGAAUGCGACCAGGAUGAAUUGUGACGCUCCAAAAGAAAAACUUUCUGACGUCAUGUUUUACAUUUUUAGUCAAAUGCGUGAUGAAGAACGGCUAGAACUAAUGAUUCGAUUUCCUGCCGAAACUUUAGUAUGCUAUUUCGAUUGGCCCUGGCAAGACGCUUUGUUGGAUCACGCAGCUAUUAUUUGGGAAUUUCUUACUGGAAUUCAAUGUUUCAGAUUAGUAAAUGAGAUAAACCAACAUAUUGAAGAUUCUGGUUACUAUUUGCCAGAUUUGUUACAACAGUUUUUUCUGAGGAGUCCUGACAGGUUUAGAACAGACUUUGUGUGUUACGAAUGUGAGAUUUCUGGGUUUUAUGGUGAUCCUGGUAUUCUUUCAAAACUUUUCGAAGCUGAAGACAAAGAAACUAUCGGAGUCAUAUUUGGAGCGAUCGAUGUGGAGGAUAGGAGAAAACUUGUCUCCACUUAUCGUUUUUACGAAAUUUUCGAAGGCCUGAUAGAGAAAAACAAAUGGCAGUUGAUUGAAUUGUGUCUCCAAAAGGCCUCGUUUACCGGAGAAAGCAAGGAGGAAUUGAAGAAGACGUAUAGGAGAUUUCUUGACAGAGCAAUGCCGAAUAAAAAACCUGGAUUGGAUAAAUUCUUUGAGUUCCUCGACAAAAUGGAAAAAAAUACUUCUAACAAGAGAAGCUCCGAAGAAGAGACAGAACUAAAAUCGAAAAAACGGUGCUGUGAAAAGCGAGAAAACGAUUUGCAUUGAUGUUCCAUACGGAGCGUGCAUAAGAUGUCAAUUCCUUUUAACACUUAUUUAAAAUAUUCCAAAAGUUUCUUUUUGAUUCUGCAUUCUACUUGCCGUUAUGUAUUUGUCGAAAUUCAUACGACUGUUCAUGGAACGGCUUAUUGUACUUUUGUAAUUUGUGUUCCAUCAAAGCCCAUUGUUGAUUUUAUUUAGUGUAGCCUUCUCUUUCAUGUAAUUCACUGACAAAGAGUCACCUGAAGCAUCCUUUGGACUUUGUUUGUUGAUCUAUUAUAGUACAAAUGAUGAUGAUUUGUUUCUGUAUUCCCAACAUUCUCUUAAAAUUCUGUGAACGGACUUUUUGGAACACUCGGCGUAUUCCUGUUAGGUGGGUAUAAAACAAUAAAAUUGAAAAUUGAAAAAAUUAAAUUACUAACACUAAAUUUUUACUAAUGCACUAGAUUUUUUCUUAAUCAAGGUUUAUUCCCUUUUGUUUGUUUUUUCUAUGCAUUCUAUUAAAAUGACACUUUAAGAAAAAGCAAAUUUAAAAUCAUGGAGAGUGCAUACUGCAUUGAUACUUCUAGUAAAGACGCAUAAUGAUUUCAAUUUUAAAAUAUUAUUUGUGUUCUACGCUCGAUUACUGAAUUAUCUACAAAUAUUCAUUUUGACUCUCAGAGAUAAUUGGUAAGCAAUGAGUGUAUAGUUCGUCAACGGAUUCUGAGACGACCACAUUUCGAUGACUCCAUCUCAUUAAGGGGUGAGACGCGGAACGAUGAGUGCAUUUCCGGUAUUCUCUUUGACCUUGGAUUUCCCCUAUUAGAUACUAGCAAAUGUAAACAUCUCCUCCUUUCAUUUUUCCUUUCACCCUAUUUUGACGAAUUAAACCCACCCUAACGCAUGCGCAAAUGCGCGGAGGGUUUUACAAUCCGUUGCUGAACUAUAUAGGCAUUGUUGAACAGUAGCAUCUUUACAUGUAUUUCGGCUUAUAAAUAUAAUUAAUAAUUUAUUUAAUUUUGCAACAUUUAAAUUUCAUUUAUAAUCAAAUCAUAUUGACUUUUAAGCAGUUUCAAUUUAAGCAAUUAAAAGAAAAGCAACGCAGUACUACGAUGCAAAAUUCACUUCCCUUUUCCCCCCCACUUUAUUUGAAGUAUAUUUUAUAAACAGAACUAUCCGGAUACUUUUCGAUACCUUUAUUUAUUUAUUUAUUUCCCCAAUUUCUCCAGGUAUGCAGGACGAACUGCUUUUGAACUUCACCCAUAAAAAGAUUCUAAGUUAUCAUUUAUUAAAUAUAAGAAUCGAUCAGAACUUGUUGAAUAAGAAAAUGGUUUGGAUUCACUCCAUUUCACACAAAAUUGAUAAUCAUUUGCAAUUUUCAUUAAUCAUAAUUUUUGUCGUGUGAAAUCUGUAUAUACAUUUAUAUAUAUAUAUAUUUUAAAAAAACACCACGUGAUGAUAUUAAAGCUUUACUUUUUUUUUAAAUCCUAAAUUUUUAAGCAUGUUUUUGGUUAAUAACACACAGUUUUCUUACGAAAUUCUGGUAAACUUGCAGAAUAUUACUGCUCAUGUUCGAGACAGUUUAUCAUUCCGCUAUUCCAAACUCGAAUAGCUUUUUUUUCUUUUGCUAAUGACACAGUUUUCUUACCAAAUUGAAUGAAACUUGCAGAAUAUUUGAUAGUAUACUAAUGUAUUACAUUAAUAUUUGUAUAUUUGUUGCAAAUAAAUAAAAACUGCUCAUGUGCGAGACAGUUUAUCAUUCCGCUAUUCCAAACUCGAAUAGCUUUUUUUUUCUUUUGCUAAUGACACAGUUUUCUUACCAAAUUGAAUGAAACUUGCAGAAUAUUUGAUAGUAUUCUAAUGUAUUACAUUAAUAUUUGUAUAUUUGUUGCAAAUAAAUAAAAACUGCUCAUGUGCGAGACAGUUUAUCAUUCCGCUAUUCCAAACUCGAAUAGCUUUUUUUUUCUUUUGCUAAUGACACAGUUUUCUUACCAAAUUGAACGAAACUUGCAGAAUAUUUGAUAGUAUACUAAUGUAUUACAUUAAUAUUUGUAUAUUUGUUGCAAAUAAAUAAAAACUGCUCAUGUGCGAGACAGUUUUUCAAUUCGCUAUUCCAAACUCGAAUAGCUUUUUUUCUUUUGCUAAUGACACAGUUUUCUUACCAAAUUGAACGAAACUUGCAGAAUAUUUGAUAGUAUACUAAUGUAUUACAUUAAUAUUUGUAUAUUUGUUGCAAAUAAAUAAAAACUGCUCGUGUGCGAGACAGUUUUUCAUUUCGCUAUUCCAAACUCGAAUAGCUUUUUUCUCUUUUGCUAAUAAUACAAUUUUCUUACCAAAUUGAGCGAAACUUGCAGAAUAUUUGAUAGUAUCCUAAUGUAUUACAUUAAUAUUUGCAUAUGUGUAUAUUUGGUGUUAAUAAAUAAAAAUUGCACCUGUU